AUGAGUUCCAGUAAUAACAAUUUACAACCAAUUAGUUCAAAUAGUAAUAAGUUAACUAUUCCAAAACAACAUCAUUCUCAUUCAACUUCUGUAUCUUCAAAUAUGUCAAAUUUAUUUCCUCAAUAUUUACCUUCCAAACUGCAUAGAUCAACUUCAAGUUAUGGUGGUAUCAGUGGUUAUAAGCUAUCAAGAUCAAAUACAAAUUAUACAGAGAGUUCAUAUUUACCAAAUAAUGAAGAUCAACAAAGUAUAAAAACCAUAGAUAAAAUACCAAGUGCAAAACCAAGUGUAACUUAUUCAGAUAAAUUAUGGACUCAAAUUGAUGUAUUGGAUGAUGUUAAAAAUAUGGCUAUGGAAGUUAGAGAAAAGGGAAGUUUUUUUAAUGAGAAAUUUGAUAAUGAAUUAAACAAAUUGAAAUUACAACAGGAGAAAUUAUUACAAACUAUGUCGUCUCAGAAAUUUACUGACCUUGGCAAAAAUAAAGAACAUGAAAAGCAACAGUUGUAUCAUUUACAUAAUAAUACAAGUAAGAACUUAUUAAGUCAGGAGAAUAUCGUACAUGAGGAUGUAAAUAAUGAGAAUGAAUUCAUCAAAAAUAAAAUGAAACAAGAUAAAAUUGAUUCAUUUUUCAAAGCAAAUAAUGAUUUAGAUUUGAAAAAUCAGAAAAAUGUUUAUAAUAAAACUAAUUUCGAAGAGAUUGAUCAAUAUGUGGUACAAAUAAAGAAAGAUUUGAAAGGGUUGAGUGAUGCUAUGAAACAUUUUGAUGAAUCAACUAGAGAAAUAUGGUAA